UUCGUGGCUUGUAAAGACCCCACAACGACAAGGCUUUAUUCUGUGCAAGCAACCAAGGCUAGCCACUUUCUCGAUUUCGCUGUAUUGCCCAAACCAACCGCCAGAAGCACAUAAAGUCGAUAAGAAUGGCGAAAAAGGACAAGAAGGGCGAGUGUGCGGUACAGAACCGUGAGAUCUUUCAGCGAAUGAAUUUUUUAUACCAGGCCGCCAUGUUUAUGGCGACCAUCACUACACCUUCGGCAUCAACUCAAGUUGGCGCCAACGAGCAUGACACCACGGAUUCGAGCACUGUUGCCAAAAACAAUACACUUUCCAAUGUCAUAACAGUGGAGGAGCAUGAAGCCACAGUUGCUCUAGAAUUAGCACAGGGUACGGACCUGGAUAUGACCGAUAUUGCCAGGCGCACAGACAUUGCAACCUCAACAACUGCAGCCAAUUUAACACCUGGUACGCCUCCUCGCAAGUUGAGUCGACGAAAGAGACGCGAGUUAUUACGGGAGCGCAAGAACAAGAUCGCAAUGGAGCAAAUCAGCAAGGAUAAAGCACACCACGGCUUGGCAUUCUCGAAUAGGGACCACGAUCUGCAUCCGCUCUCAGGAACUGCUCGCUUCUAUACGUCAACUAUGCGCGAGAUCGGUCGCAAGAAUGUUAUUCGCGUUGGGCCGGCUAUUAAGAGAACCAUUUGCCUGCGAUGCGAGGCCCUAUUGAUUCCGUCUGUCAGCUGUGAAGUGCGAAUCCGAGCCACACCUCAGCUGCACUCUGUGGUAACCUGUACUGCAUGUGGGGCCUUUAGACGGUACUUUUGCAUGCCUGGGAGGGGUAUUGAGAACGAUCGCUGGGAGCCUGAGAAGCCGUCUGCUGCGAAUUCGCCGCUUACGGAAGAGCUGUCGACUGAGCAGGCGAAGAAGCUGGUACAGAAGAAUGCAGCUAUGAAGCAGGACGUGCUCGUUCCCGAGGGAAAGGAAUUGCAGCAAGACAUGACUGUUUCGUAGCCUUCCUACUACGAUUGCUUACUCCACAGUAAAAGAGAGGUCGAGCUGUCGAUUGUAACAUAGUCCCACAGUCUGCUGUAAAAUAAAAAUAAAGAACCAGGCCUUCUGGUGCAAUCUGGAGGCAAUCUGCGCUUGGGGAAAACUCG